UUUACAGCUUCCUGGACAGAAUAAUGGGUGACGAAUAUAUGGAUGAUGAUGAGGAUUAUGGAUUUGAAUACGAAGAUGAUAGUGGCUCAGAACCAGACGUUGAUAUGGAAAAUCAAUAUUAUACAGCAAAAGGACUUCGUUCUGAUGGAAAAUUGGAUGAAGCUAUCAAAUCAUUCGAAAAAGUAUUGGAAUUAGAAGGAGAAAAAGGAGAAUGGGGAUUCAAGGCUCUGAAACAAAUGAUUAAAAUCACAUUCGGACAAAAUCGAUUGGAGAAAAUGUUGGAAUAUUACAGACAGUUGCUCACUUAUAUUAAGUCUGCUGUGACAAAGAACUAUUCGGAGAAAUCAAUCAAUGCAAUUCUUGAUUAUAUUUCAACAUCUCGUCAAAUGGAUCUUCUUCAACAUUUCUACGAAACAACUCUUGAUGCAUUAAAAGAUGCAAAAAAUGAGCGUCUCUGGUUCAAGACGAACACAAAACUCGGAAAACUCUUCUUUGACUUGCACGAGUUCACAAAAUUGGAGAAAAUCGUUAAGCAGCUCAAGGUUUCGUGUAAAAAUGAACAAGGAGAAGAGGAUCAACGAAAAGGAACACAACUUCUCGAGAUUUAUGCUUUGGAAAUUCAAAUGUACACCGAACAGAAGAACAAUAAGGCAUUGAAAUGGGUUUACGAGUUGGCGACACAGGCUAUUCAUACAAAAUCUGCUAUUCCUCAUCCAUUGAUUCUGGGAACUAUUCGUGAAUGUGGUGGAAAAAUGCAUCUUCGUGAUGGUCGUUUCCUGGAUGCUCAUACAGAUUUCUUUGAAGCAUUCAAAAAUUAUGAUGAAUCAGGAUCACCAAGACGUACAACAUGUCUCAAAUAUUUGGUACUUGCAAAUAUGCUUAUCAAGUCAGAUAUCAAUCCAUUUGAUAGUCAAGAAGCUAAACCAUUUAAAAAUGAACCCGAAAUUGUUGCAAUGACUCAAAUGGUUCAGGCUUAUCAGGAUAAUGAUAUUCAAGCAUUUGAACAAAUUAUGGCUGCUCAUCAAGACAGUAUCAUGGCAGAUCCAUUUAUCCGUGAACAUACCGAAGAAUUAAUGAAUAAUAUUCGUACUCAAGUACUUCUUCGUCUUAUUCGUCCAUACACUAAUGUUCGUAUUUCGUAUCUUUCACAAAAAUUGAAAGUAUCACAAAAAGAAGUUAUUCAUCUUUUGGUUGACGCAAUUUUGGAUGAUGGUCUCGAAGCGAAAAUUAAUGAAGAAUCUGGAAUGAUUGAAAUGCCGAAAAAUAAGAAAAAGAUGAUGGUCACUUCAUUGGUUGUACCAAAUGCUGGAGAUCAAGGAACAACGAAAUCCGACUCAAAACCUGGAACAUCAUCAGAACCAUCUACUACAACAUCUGUGACAUCAUCAAUUCUUCAAGGACCACCUGCCACGUCAUCAUGUCAUCAGGAGCUCUCAAUGGAUGGACUCCGUGUUUGGGCAGAGCGUAUUGAUUCAAUUCAAUCAAAUAUUGGAACUCGAAUCAAAUUUUAAACGAUUAAAUACCGAAAAUAUCUAUUCUUUCUUGUUUUUUUUUGUAAAUUUUUAUUUGAUAACGAAAACAUCAUUUGCGUUGUUGUUUCACUUUUUCGGAAAAAAUCGAUUUUCUCAC